AUGGAGGCUGCCGUGGUGACUGCAUCACACGGCGCUAUGGGCUCCUUGAUAGCGAAGCUUGGUGAUUUGCUCACAGCUGAGUACAAGCUGCUCAAAGGAGCUAAGGGACAGAUCUUGUUCCUCAAAGCUGAGCUUGAGAGCAUGCAUGUCUUCCUCAAGAAGAUCUCAGAUACUGAGCAGCCUGAUGAGCAAGACAAGUGUUGGGCCAAGGAGGUACGUGAGCUGUCCUAUGAUAUUGAGGACAGUGUCAGUGAGUUCAUGCUCCGUGUGGAACACAAGUCAAGCUGCAAGCCACGCGGAUUCAUGGGUUUCAUAAAUAGGAGCACAAAGUUGUUGACGACCAUGAACAUUCGGCAUGACAUUGGCAAAGAGUUUGAAGGCCUCAAGGUCCGUGUCGUCGAGGUCAGGGAGCGACGCAUGAGGUACCAGCAGACUAAUGAUGUUGCCCCUAGGACAACCAACACAACCAUUGAUCUUCGGUUGUUAGCAAUGUAUGCAGAGGCAUCUGGCCUUGUGGGAAUGGAUGGCCCCACAGAUGAACUGAUUCAGUUGAUGGGUGGAGAGGAUGAGCUAAAGGUGCUCUCUAUAGUUGGCUUUGGAGGCCUAGGAAAAACUACGCUUGCAAAUGAGAUUUAUUGCAAGCUUCACGGGGAGUUCCAGUGUCGAGCCUUCGUGUCUGUGUCCCAAAAACCAAACAUUAGGAAGCUUCUGAGAACCAUGCUAUCUCAAGUUGGCUUUGUAGCUCCUAUGGACACCAAUAUGGAAAUUUGGGAAGAGAGAGAAUUCAUUAACGCGCUACGAAAAUUCCUUCUAAAACAGAGAAUCAUCAAAGUUGUUAUACAUAUAAACCAAAUAAACCAUACAAAGUAUUACAUUUCUUAUAAGAAUUUUGAUGCUGCAUUUCAUAUCUAUUCUCGAAGUACUGUUCCUCAAAUUACCAUUUUAGUUCUCACCAGCAUCUAUAGGCUACCUCUAGCUAUGAUGCUUUCACGUUUUCAUGAACACUGUCCUAAAGGUCACUACACGCAGUAUGCAUUUACAUGUCAGACUUGUAUGCUAUAUCUCGGCGUUUAUCCAGAGGACUACACAAUCAAUAAGAAUGAUUUGGUUAGACAGUGGCAACUGAAAACAUUUGAAAUAGAUGCUGUAGCAUCUAAAGGACAAUCAGAACUGCAACUACCAUCAGAUAUUGUUCAUUUGAGCCGUUUAUCGCAUCUGAUUGUUCCAGAAGAUGUAAUAUUUCCUAGUGGGAUAAGUAACAUGAAAUCAUUGCGUACUCUACGUUGCUUUGAUUUGAGAAACUCACUAGACAAUAUCAAGGGUCUGAGAGAACUGACAAAUCUGACAAAUGUUGAAAUCAGAUAUUCUGACUACACAUCCACCAAUAGAGACGAGUUUGCUGCAAAAUGUAGGGAACUUGUGCACGCCCUUGGAAACAUUUGCAGCCUCAAAUGUCUACUUAUUCAUGGUAAUUACCUACCUGUCACUCUCAGAAACUGCUUGGAUUCAUGGUGUUCAGUCCCAACUUCUUUCAUUCAUCUCCAGAGCUUUCAUGCAAAGUACAAUCACUGGUUCUCGAGGAUUCCUGGGUGGAUUGGCCAGCACCAUAGCCUCUAUGACCUGCAGCUUAGUGUUCAGGAUGUGUAUGGGGAUGACGUUGGGAUUCUCUCACAGUUGCCCUCCCUUGUCCGCCUCCACUUGCACAUCCAUGGAGUUCCUAAAGACAAGAUCAUCAUCCGUGGAAGAGGAUUCCCUGUUCUCAAGCAUUUUACAGUUGAAUGUUUCAGGAUAUCGUACCUGGCCUUUGAGGCAGGGGCGAUGCCGAAGCUUGAAAGGCUCGAGCUAUGUUUCAAUGCACAGGGAUGGGACAGGUAUGGUGGUGUGCCUGCUGGCAUCGAGUACCUAUCAGGCCUCAAGGAAAUCGUCGGAUACAUCGGGGGCCGAUAUGCAAAGGGAUCCAAUAGAAGGGCUGCAGAGUCUGCGCUCAGGGACGUGGCUGGCCUGCACCCAGGUCACCCUGUAUCCAACAUCAAACUGAUGGACGGGGGUUAUAUAUUUGCGCCCGUCCAUCAGUUAUAUGAGCCCCGGGAAGAAGAGGACGGGAAUAGUAGCAGUGCCUAG